GUGAAAGAAUGCAUCAUGGCGGAUAGACGAAGGAGGAGAAUUUCAGGCAGCGACGAGGAGGACAAUUCUAGUGGAUCAGAUGACGCAGUGCCAAAACUUAAAAGGGCUUCCGAUUGUGAGAGCGAGGGUGGUUUUGACGAAAAAGACACGAAAAAGGAUGUUGAGCUAUCAGAGUAUGGGAGUGCAGAGGAAGAUGACAAGGAGGACUAUAAAGAGAAAGGAGAGUCAGAAGAGUUAGCAGAUUAUGGAGAUGAGAACCUGGAAAAAUAUUUGUUUCCUGAACCAGAAGAAGGAGAGUAUGAUGAUGUGGAAGAAGAAAAAUUUAUUGACAAGGAGCGGGAGAGUGGGGAUGGCCAGGAGGAGCCAGCGCCAAAAGAGUUGGACAAAGAUGAAGAUCGACAGAAUCCCCAGUACAUCCCCAAGAAGGGCUUCUUCUAUGAACACGAUACAAGAAUGGGGGAUCCAAAAGAAGAGCUUGCAAAGGAGGAGAAGCUAAAGAAGCUAAAAAAGCUCUGGGGAAAAGAGGAUGAGAAGUGGCUCCAUGAUGCCUACAAGGAAGAUGAACAGGCACCGAAGAGCCGGGAAGAGUUGGUCGCACUAUACGGCUAUGACAUCAGAAAUCCCGAGUCAGACCUGAAGAGGCGACACAGAAGGAAAUACACGAGAGGACAAGCAAAGUACGAGCGAGACUGGAAGGACGUGGGAGCUUACAGGAAGGAGCUACCCCUGAGGAGGGGAAGAGGAGGCCGCGGUGGACCUUCCUACAGAGGACAGGAUGAACGAGACAACAGCAACGAGGAACUGAACAGAGGAAACGACUCGACUCGCGGCGACUACGAGCUGUCUAACCGAGGCCGCACGCAGUCGAGUCGAGGCGGUCGCGGAGGUCAGCGAGGGUUCAGGGGGUCGUCGCAGGGUCACACGCCGUCGCGCGACUACAGACAGGGCCACCAACGAUCGUCGGACGACAGGCAGGACGGCGAGGAUGUUUGCGGGGACGGCCCUCUGGUUAAGACCGAGUCGGAGGGAACCGCGCCUGCCGGCACGGCGAACAAGUCACAGGACAUGCGGCAGACCAUUCCCAAGUCGCACCCGUCGGACGACGGUCAGCCUAUGGCGGAUAAGGUCAGCGGUCCCAAGGCUUACUCGCGCGUGCGCAGUAACGCGCACAAACCGAGAGAGGUUACGGAUGAGAACCUAGCGACUGAAAUCGAAAAGCUCGAUUUACGCACUAAGAAAGAGGGAACAGCAGAGAGCAAGAGGAGAGAUGAAGAGGACAGUGUCCAACCCACUAAACAGACCAGUGCACAGCAGAAGAGCCCCCGGACCAGCCAGGAUUCAUCGCAAGGCGAUCGCUCACCACGGAACAAUUAUGACAACAAGCGUGCUCAGGUGGCGCCACGGUUUUCCCGGCAAGAGGGGGCACGUCAGGAAGGACGAGGCGCAAAACGAUACUCGUCACAGAGACAGAGGAAUCUCCCAGACUCUGCACAGCUGCCAUACCAGGGUGCUGUCCUUGAUGUUGGUGCACAGUUCUUUGAACCGGCUGGCUUUCAAGGUCAGGUGUAUCCAAACGAACCACCGCCGCCACCGCCACCGCCACCUGGUGGCACUGUGAGAUUUCAGCAGCCGAUGAUGCAGUACCCAACUGAUAUCAGGGUUUCUUCUCACGCGAUUAGGUCUCAGCCACCGCCUCCGAUUCCGAGAUCACCCCACAAUAGGAUGGUCUUCCCCCCACCUCCCCCGAUACCGGUUUCAUUUACACCAACGGUUGUCUCGACCGUAGCGAUGUCGCAAGCCAUGCAGGGGCCAGCACCUCAUUACAGCACACAGGGCAGUGGUGUGAGUUACACCCCAGCAUAUCCACUGCCACAAGCAGCUAUGUCCCCAAUGCAGUUCCCUCCACCACCACCGGGUCCUCCCCCACCUUGUCAGGGUCCUCCCCCGCCUACAGAAUUCAGUAGGGGAGGAGUGACUUACUACGCCCCCGAAGCACAGACAUCGAUUAUAAAGAAACGGUCACCAGGAAGACGACCCAAGCUAGCAAUUCCGAUUCUACCACCACCGGAUAAGCAGGAGGGAGCUGUGGAUAAAAAGGACGAUGAGGAGGACAUGAGCGGUACUCCUCCUUCCAAUGCCGUUGUCGUUGAAGGGGACGACGACCUGCAGGAAAUGUCUGCUGACGUCGACAGUGGUCCCGGAUCUGUGGUGGAUCUCAGUGAUAGGAUCACGCCACUGAGUUCUACUGACGCGGCCGUACUUCCUCCAGAGUUUGUACCGCGGCAGCAAGAAACGGAAGCUGCAUCGGAGGAUCAUCCUGAUGAAUCCACGCAGGCUGAUGAAACAGCUGACUCUGUAACUGUUGAUGACCAGCAGCAACAAGAACCAUCCAGCGAGAUAAUGUCCCCACCAGUCCCCGGCAAACAAGCACCAUCUAAUGAAAGUGAUUCUGCGAAUACAUCUAUUGCAGAAGAGGUUCGUCAGAAGAGUAGCGCAGUUGUGGAUAGGCCUGUUGGUUGUGAGGAACCUGCUAGUCCCACUGAGCAAACAGCAGUUAGUGGUGAAAUUGCUGUAUGUGCAAGUGUACACACUGCAGAUGAGAGUAGAGACACUUUGGAUACCAGUGGAGAUACUGCCGAAGCGAGUGAAAAUGCUGUGUGUGAAAAUGCAAGUGCAUCUGCAAGUGCAACUGAUGAAAUGCCGGUGGAUAGUGGAGAAGUGGUGAUUGCCAGUUCAGAUACUGUAGAUACGAGCAACAAAGUUACCAGUGAUGCAACAGAAUCGGUAGAUGAAGUGGUAAAUGAAGCUGUUGAAUUAAGUAAUGAAAUUGAACAGGGGCAGUCCUAGGUUUCGCACUGUUUCUAAAACAACCAUUAAGCCAGUUGUCUGAUAAAUAUUUAUUAUACCAUAAAAACCUGCGCAUAUCAGUUAUUGAUAUUUGUCUAUGCUAGAACUAUGCCUAACCAUAUAACACAACAAUGGUAGACAGUGUGCCAAUAAGAUGCAUUAUCACUAAUUUUAUAGCACUUGCUAUUUGGUAUUGGAGACAAUGUUUCCACGUUUAGAUUGCAUUUCUGGUGAUAAUAUGCAUUUGGUGUAAAACCAAUAUUUUAUUAUUUAAUAAAGGUAAUCUGUGGUGGAAUCUCUUGUUUAAGUACACCUCCCAACUAACAUAUGGAGGUUUAUGUAAGCCUUCAAAGAUGUUUUAUACAUCCAUGAUGAUUGGUUGAUUAAAUCUAUUUAUCAUUUCUAUGUUCAAAAGCCAGUAGAGUGUAAUGUUGGGCUUCAACGGUGUACUCAUUUAAUUUUAAUAUGAUCAAAUUUCUGUUUUAUAGUAAACAGAUCUGAUAAUUCAAUUUAUUGCUUUUGUUGUAAUGUAGUUAAGCAUGACGUGGAACCGUGAAUAAUUGAAAUUGUUAGGCAGGCAUAUGCGCUUGACCUAAUGGCUGGGUUGUCGCGUGAUUAUACUGUUAUAGAUCGUUAUCGCGUGUAGUGUCUGUCAUUUAAAGUUGGUGCUGAGUAUGUAUAACUAUACAAAGGUAGCUUGUUGUAGAGAAUUUUUCGUGUACUGUAUUGUUUAAUCUACCCAAGCUUUCUCUAUUUAUUGGGUAUAUACACCAUUUAAUCGACAUUUUUCUGGAAUAUUGAGUAAGUCUGAUGAGCCUUGCUUGUCCCGUGUGGCCAAGUUACCAAUUUUACAUUGCUAUGGUUUAUGCAUGAAUAACUUUUCAACGUGUUUACUUUUGUUUCUAUUCUUUAGAUAUUUGGGUUUGACUAAAGUGUGAUGGUGGAGGUCAAAGUCCUGACAAGCAUUCCUAAAAAGAAUGUAAAUUAUAUUUAUGACUUUCUGUUGGCAAUAAUUUUUGUCAAAUAUUGUUAUUACAUGUAAUUGAGCAUUAUAUGUGGUUUUAUGAUCCGUG